AAGACAACCUCCACUACUGUCAACUAUGCUGAUACUCCUAACCAAGCUCCUUCUAUUCGACAACCUCCUACUUACAAUCAGAACAAACUUCUUGAAGUUCUUAUCAAAACUACUCUUGCCAUGAUUAUUGAAAUCAAUCUUGCUCUCAAAGUAGAGAUAAUUACAGAAAUAGAAGUCGGUCACAUGACAGAAACCACUAUAGAUUCGACUGAGCCUUUUCUCGAGAAUGUAGUAGAGAAAG